AAGCUCGACAUUCAAGAUGGCCGACGCAGGCAAGCUCAAGGAACUUUAACAAAUAGGGAAUAUUAUUUCCGUCUCGUUCUUCUUUUUAAAAAUUUCUGUUUAUGAAAGGUGAGAUUAAGAUGCAGAGUUUCCAUCUGUGUCACCAUUAUUGAGGGAAUACUCGAUGAGAAAUGAAACUUCCUUGUUUGAGUGCAGCGAGGAUUAUGUUUCCUGGGCGACGACAGUUAAAGUAUGUCAGCAUUUGACGGAAAUCCGCGAAAGAACGUGUUAGAGAGGCUAAGGGACAGAGAAAGAGGCAGGGACUGGUCUGCACUUGACAAGACCUACAGAAAUCGAUCGUGGUCAGCAGAUUCCUAUACAGGGGAGAAAUUUGUCCCUCCAAGGAAACCUGGAAGCCCUGCUUACCUCCCUAAACUUGAAAACCGGCCAGCCUCAGUGGAUUCAGAUUAUGAACAUGAUUUGAAACGUGGAAACCUGAAAGUCAUUCCUCCAUUACCUGCUGGGGAACAACAUGGUGUAUCCCGAAGGGAUGAUCAAAUCAAAAGGAAAAUUUCAAGAAAAGAAAAUCAGGCUUUUCAGGAUCAAAGCAGCAGUUAUCCAUAUGCAGCUCUGCCAUCUUACUAUCCCCAUCCACCUGUGGCACCCCCUCCUCACCCCCCUUUGAUGUACCCAGUUCCCAUGAUUCCAGUGCAUCCUGGGUAUGCACCUUGGAUUGUACCCCAGCAAGGCUUUAAUGGAGUCAACAGUGGUCUUUUUAAUGCGCAUCAUGCUGAAAGACCACCUCACCAGUUAUCCCGAUCUCAAGCAGCAGUUGUCAUCCAAAAAUAUCACAGAGGCUGGCAAGUCAGGAAGGGUCGUCGAUUUGCACUCUGGCGCCACAUGUGUAAUAGGAAAUAUUCGAGAAAAUUUGUAGACGAUUUGAUUAACAGCUUCCUAAUUGAAGAAUUUGUUCCAGAUGUCUUGAUUGAUGUUUUGGUUGGUAAGAAAUUCUUGUCUGUGCAAGAUCCUAGAUACAAAGCCAGUGAGAGGGUCUGCAAAGAGAUCAUUGAUCAAGAUGUAACUUCCUUUAUUCAUGAGGUUGCCCUUGGUGUCUAUUAUGCUCAUCAAGGAAUUGCUUACUCCAGAAGAGAUCCAUCUGUAAAAGCAUGUGAUAGUAUCAUAGGUGAAGUUGUACAGGAAUUUGCUGGGCAAGUUGUGCGAUCUGUGGUGGAGGAAAAGGUCAUGGGUCACAUGGCUGUUAUCAAAGCUGGUGAUUGGUUAGAGGACUUCAUAUUGGAGACAAUUGAACCAAUGAUCCCAGUAGUGGUCUCUGAAGCCAUGGAUGGAUUCCAAAAUGAUGACCCACUUGAUGAAGUUAUCGAUGAGGUCAUAACGUCUGAAUUGAGACAAAUCGUUAUCGAUGUUUGGCGGGAAAUGAUGGAGGUUGACAGAGAGAAACAAGUGAAAAAGCUGUCUGUGUACGCAGAGGAUCGCCUGUUAGACUCACUGUGUCUUCAGCAUCUUCUGAGUCAGUUAGCUGGUGAUAAUCUGUCCUUUCACGUCAGAGGUUAUGCACAACAGGCUUUAGACGGCAUGUUGUGUGGAUUGCUGAUCCGUAAUUAUUUGGCCGUGAAUGAUCAACUGGAAGCGACACAAAGCAGCGCUGCUGUAAAAGAAUUUCAUGAAGAGGUUUUCUGUGAUGUGGCAUUGGAUGUUCUUUUGGAAGAAUUGACAGCAAAUCUGGAUGAAGACAUGCAAGAUCUACUAGAACACGAAAAUCAAAGAAAUACUUUCGACCUUUAACUUUCUAAGAACACUUUAAUACCUUUAAGCACGGACUGUUUUAAAAGCCAGUGAACGGGUCUAUUACAUAGCCUGUACGUAGAUUGUCUGCGAAGGAUUGGUCGGUAUAUCAGUAAACAAAUCCUACCAUUCCUGUUCACAUAUCUAAUAUCGUUCGGUCAUUCAUUCUUUCGGUUUGUAAUUCAUUCCUUUCUUCGUUAGUUCGUUCAUUCGUUCGUUCGUUCGUUCGUUCGUUCGUUCAUUCGUUCGUUUAUUCAUUCGUUCAUUCAUUCAUUCAUUCAUUCAUUCGUACGUUUAUUCGUUUUUUCGUCCGUUGAUUCAUUGAUGUGUUCGUUCUUACGUUCGUACAUUCGUUCCUUUUAUCAUUCAUUCGUUCAUUUGUUCGUGCAUUCGUUCAUUCGUUCAUUCGUUCGUUCGUUUAUCCGUUUCUUGGUUCGUUAAUUGAUUCAUUCCAGUGUUCGUUCUUACGUUCGUGCAUUUGUUCCUCCUAUCAUUCAUUCGUUCAUUUGUUCGUGUAUUCGCUCAUUCUUUCGUUCGUUCGUUCUUUUGUUCAUUCAUUCGUUAUUUUAUUCGUCCAUUCAAUGUUUUUUUUUUCUUCCUUCGUUCGUUUUUUUUGUCUAUUCUUUCGCUCCUUCGUCAGCUCGUUUGUUGGUCCUUUCGUUGGUUCAUUUAUUCACAUGUUCGUUCGUGCGAUCAUUCGACCCUGUGGUUAGUCCUGGGUUCUUUUUUCCUUCAGUGAGUCAGUAUGUUACUGUGACACUUAAUCGGCGGCUCAGGUAGUCAAGUUCAAUUUCCAUAAAGCCAUUAUCACAAAGAUGACAAACAAUACAAAUUCACAGACGCCGCGAUAUCCUUGGUUUAGUCGGUAGGGUCUUAGUACGUUCACAGUUUGUGAUACUAAAUAAAACUGUACCUUCAAAGGAAGACUCUUUUUUUCUCUUUCCAUUUAAAACUUUGUUCGAUGGGGAUCAUUUUCUUCUUAUAUAUAUAUAUAUAUUAUAUUGCUUAAACAGGUAUUUAAUCCAGAUUGGGAUCAUAAAUAUUUCAUCUCAAGAAAAAAAGAUAAAAUGUAUAUUUUUUUAGUUCGUGGCAAAUUCGUUGUUGAAGCAUACAGAAAGAAAAAUUUGUGAGAAACUCUUUAAAUUAUUAUUUUUUUUAAAUUUCUCGUACGAAUGUGAAGGCUAAAAAAUACACAUAUAUUUAAAGAAAAAAAUUUAAUUUUAAAGAGAAAAAUUUCAAAACUGUAGUUUGUCUGUGUUUCUGACAUGUUUCACCAGCAGGCAGCUUUUUACCCUGAUGAAGAUUUUGAACCCGUUAUUGAACGCACCGGAUAUAAAAACGAAUUCUUGGUCUUUUUGAGCAAAGGAAAUUAAACAUCUAUUGCUGACGUGUAUGCCAAUCAAAUAUUAUCUCUGCAGAAUUUACGAGACCUUGUCAAUCACAUAUCUCGGAUGGACUGAUUUGCAUGCCGAGAAUUGACAGUAUUUUGCUUUAUCUGUCGGUGGCUUUUAUGUAUUGUUAUUAGUCCUGUCUAUUCUCCUAAUUUUGACCGACAAUUUGUUUCGUGUCAUUCACUCUGAUCGAAAAUUAAUGUCAAGUAAGUUAUUCAUCUGCUGUCAAUCACCUCAACAAAUGAUGCGUGCGUGUUUUGCAUAGGCCUAUAAUUGUCUUUCGGGGAGGGGUAGGUAAAAAUAAUCUGGCGUGUAAUUUGAAGAUUAAUUCAUUUAUAAACAUACAUCUGGUAAACAGGGAGGAAAAACAAGGCCAUUGAAAGAAAGAAAUCAGUGGAUCUUGAAUAAUGUAACUAAAGAUUAUCGUAAAUUACGUGGCAGUGGUCCAAUACAUUUCAAUAACUCGGCAAAUGAUUUGAAAUAGUAAAGAUGUUUUUUUCUGAGGGUAUGGUAGAACUAAACACCGGUCAACGUAUUUGAACAUCUUGUUCGCAAAGAAUUAACGUUUGAAGCCUCAGUACGUAUUUUGAUUAAAUUCUCUUUGCCUACAAUCACAUUUUUCUUUUAAUUAUUUUUCCAAGCAGAAAAAUGGAAAGUUAUUGAAUCCAUGUCCCUUAUCGCAAAGUAACUAAAAACAAACGCUUGAUCGCGUGGUGUAACUGCAAUUUUUCGAAUUCUAACAAUCCCUUUCUCGUGAAGUUCGCGUAAGGUGUAAAAAUAUACUAAGCGUAAAUAAAAAAUGUUUACUGCA